AUGGAUGUAGACACCCCAUCCCUAGAUGCAGCCAUCCAGCAUGCCCUGGCAGGCCUCUAUCCACCCUUUGAGGCCACGGCACCCACCAUCCUGGGCCAGGUGUUCCGAGUCCUGGAUUCUGACUUCCAGGGCGAUGGGCUGCGCUUGUUGCUGGAUUUCCUGAUCCCCGCCAAGCGCCUGUGUGAGCAAGUGCGGGAAGCAGCCUGUGUACCCCAUUCACACCGUCUCUUCCUGCACCAGGGCUGGCCUCUAUGCCUAAGUGGAGAGGUUGUGGUCCACCUGGCCCCACUUAGUCCCCUCCUGCUGCGCUCAGGGGACUUUUUCCUCCAGGCAGAGCCGAGGGAGGAGCAGUCUGUCUGCCUUGCCAUCAAGUGCCUCUCAGCCGACCUCCGCACUGUGGACUCCAGGCCAAUUCCUGAGUCCUCCUACCCAAAGCUUUUCACACCAGCAUGGCUGGAGGCCCUCAAUGGUGCCUCCGGGGGACAUCGGCUCCACAGCUGCCUGGUAGCAUCUGAAAACGGAAUCGCCCCAGUGCCCUGGGCCAAGAUCACCAGCCCAGAGUUUGUGGAUGACACCCCCCAAGCUGAGACUGUCCUUUCCCCCACCUGGGAGUCCUUUCAACUAGAGGCACUAGACUUAAGCAGCCCCCGAGAGCUGCACCAGACCCCAGACAGUCAGGGGCUUCAUACCCGAAGUCUGGCCCUUAGCAAGUACACAAUGCCCAGAAACAAAUACCCGCGACUCAUCAAGGUGGAACAAGCCCGACCUGGAGAGGGGGCCUUCAGGAUGGACCCUGUGGCCAGCCAGGACUUGGAGGGCGACUAUGUAGCCCUAUUGGACCUUUCCCCAAGGAGCAGCCAGGGGUCUCCCCACCUAGAGGUGAAGAUACCAAAGAGGUGUCCUCCUCAGGAAGCCCCAGAAGAACGGAUGAGAAUGAAGGGAAUCUCUGACUCUCUGAGGAUGCUUCCUCUCUCAGAGGCUAACAGGCCACCUUUGCUGGACAAAUGCACCAGUGCCAAGUCCCCCAGCUUGGAGCAGAAGCCCUAUGCUCGGGAUGUGAGAGGGACAGUGAAUCCUGAAGGCCCCACCAGUCGCUCAGAACUCCAGGCCCCAAAGGCCCAGAUCAGUGGCCUCUUGAGUCCUUUACCUUGGGCAUCUGGCUCCAGGACUGGCAUCUCAGAGGAAUCUGCUGCCAACGAGACUCCAGGACCUCUGGCUCUCUUGGAUAGAGUGGUCCCUCCCAGGCCUGGACCCAAACAAGCAUCUUCUCCCCACUUGUGCCCAGUCAUUCCCCCUGCUGCUCCAGGAACUGAAGCCAAAGUGGCAGACAGGAACCCACUAAGCCACCAGGAUCUUUCAGAGCCCACUGUGGACCCGGAUUGGAGCAGAACAUCGUCCACACCUCCCUCCUUUGGGCGUAAAUUCUCACUGUUGGGAGGACAGAGGCCAGUCCCUGAGGCCCCAGAGAAAGCACCGUUCCCACCAAAAGGAUCGGGGAGAGCACUGUGUUCCCUUUCCUCCCCCAAACCCAGUCUGGCCAAGAGUGAGGGUAAAGCUGGAACAACUCAGACACAAACAUCUGGCACAGAUGCUGACUCAGGCCCAGUGAUCUGGGAAAGGGCUGGUUUGCCAGAAGCUUCUGCAGGCCCUCUGGGAAGAGGCACCCCUCUGGACAAGAGGCCACCAGGGCCUGAAACCGGAAUCUCAGCUCUAAGCACAGAGAUCUUGAGCUCCGGGAUAGCCUGUCUGCCAGGUGGUCGUGACAGGCUGGGGCGGCCUCUGCUUCUCAUCUCCACGACUGCAGGGGCCUGGGAGGCGCCAUGGUGCACAGUGUCAGAGGUCACCAAGCUGCUCUUCUUCCUGUGCUCCAUUCCCAGGCCUGAAGCCAAAGCCAAGGAACUGGCAUUUGUGGUGGAUGCCAGAAAACAGUCCCCACAAGCUGGUCUUAUCAGUGCCCUGCAGGCCACACAGGCUCUCCUACCUGUCUCCUUUCGGGCUGCAACCUUCCUCUUCCUCGGGGAGAAAGAGGCUGCACUGCAGCUGGAGACCUUACCUGACAUCCAGGUGGAAGUGCUAACUUCACUGAAGGCCCUCAGCCAUUAUGUGGACCCUAAUCAGCUGCCCUCAGCCCUGGAUGGUGACUUCCCCUACUGCCACAGCGAGUGGGUGCAAUUUUUCCAGAAAUUGGGGCCUUUUCUUGCUGACCUUCGCCAGGCCUGCUCCCUGCUACAGGCUUCCAUCAAGGGGUUUGAGAAGAGUGAACCCCCUGGAGGGGUGCAGGAGGUCUCCUGGCUCCUAAGCCAGUCCAAGGAACUCAUGGAGGUGGUGCUGAGGAACCCAGGCCUGCAGGGCCUGCAGCGGGAAGGUGGAGCUAUCUUGGCCAGGCUGCAGCAGGAGGCAGACAGGCUGCCCUUCCACCCUGAUGUCAGGAGUCAGGUGGCAGAAGCUGCUGCCCUGUACAAGCUCAUGGAGGAGCAGCUGCAUAUCCUGGUCACUUCGUCCAACCAGGUCCUGGGGCGGCUGGAGCUCCGCGUGCGUCUUGGCCACCUGCAGGCUGCCAUCCAUCAGGUCAGCCACUGGAUGGAGCGGGAAGGGAAUGAACACCUGCAGGCGCUGAGCCCAGGGCACAGAAGCCUGGAGGAAGUGGAGAGAGCUAAGGCAGAGUUCGAGGACUUCUUCCUGCUGGCUGCGGCCCAGUACUGCCGAGGCCUGGAGCUGUCCAAGGAGGCAGCCCAGCUGGGUGCGGCGGCCCGAGAAGCUGAGGAGAUGGGCACUGAGGAGCUACCGGAGCUGGCUGCCUUGACCUCCAUGCAGAGCAGCUUCCAGGCCAAGUUGACUCACUUCUACAUGGCAGCUGAGCGGCAGCGCACAGACCUGGACACACUGCUGUGUUUGCAUCAAUUCUGCAAGAAGAUAGCCUGGUUCCACAUGGACUGUCAGGACCUGAUGGCCCAGCUCCAGCUGGGCAGUGCCCAGAAGGUCAGCUCUGGGGAUCGGAGGCGUCUCCACCGCUACCUGCAGCGCCUGAUGGAGGAGUUUCCCGCUGAGAAACUGGCAGCUGUGGGGCUACAGGCAGCUUCGUUGAGCCAGGCAGACCUGGGCCGGGAACUGUGGGCCAAGGCGCAGCGGACGCACGAGGCUGUCCAGACCCUCCUGGACAAGGUUGUGGCCCACUGCUCUGGCCCUGCGGGGCCCCCAGGCCAUCCAGCCCACCCUGAACUCAGAAGGCCAGUGGCUGGGAACCAGGGCUGGCGGGGCCUGCCCGUCCAGGAUGCUCUGAGUAAGCAGCGUUCCUCCAAACCCUGCUGGCCUCCUCGGAGCCCCAGCGGGGAGCAGAGCAGAAAUCUCCAUGCAGGCCCUCUGCCCUGGGAAGCCGGCCAGUGGGCAGAGACAGAAGAGAGCCCUGAGCAUGGCCUGGCCUCCCUCUUCUCUUGGCUGCGUCCACUCAGGCGGGGGCACGGCCCCAUUCGGGGCAGCUCCUCCUCCUCCUCAGGGACAGACUCACAGACGUCUCUGGAGGACUCACCUCAGACCAGUCCUCCCGCAUCUCUCUAG